AUGAGAGCGAGGCAACACAUCCUGGGUUAUUCUUCAGCUACGGUCAGCAGCAUCCCCGGUGCUGCCUUCUGUCGCCUCCACACGGAUACUCCGUUCGGCUCUGUCGGGUCUCUGUCGCGGACGGCAACUAUGGCUGAUGGGGGAGAAGCCGGGGAAGAUGAAAUCCAGUUCCUACGAACCGACGACGAGGUUGUCCUGCAGUGUUCUGCCACAGUCCACAAGGAGCAGCAGAAGCUGUGUCUGGCAGCGGAGGGCUUCGGAAACAGACUCUGCUUCCUCGAGUCAACAUCCAACUCUAAGAAUGUCCCUCCAGACCUGUCCAUCUGUACGUUUGUCCUGGAGCAGUCCCUCUCAGUCCGGGCCCUGCAGGAGAUGCUGGCCAACACAGAGGAGAAGGCAGAAGGG